CAGAACCCCAGAAAUCGUACGCAAACAUGUCUACCAAGUCUGCAGUCAUAUCCGUCAUCGGUUCUCUCAAUGUCGACCUCGUCACGCGUACGCCCCGCGUGCCCGUUGCGGGCGAGACCCUGACAACCGAGUCCUUCAACACAGGAUUUGGUGGAAAGGGCGCAAACCAGGCCGUCGCCUGUGCACGGCUCUCGCGAACGCAGAAGCAGGCAUCGAGCGGCGAAGCGUCUGAUGUCGAAGUGCGGAUGGUGGGCGCUGUUGGAGACGAUGAAUUUCACGAGGGUUUCUUGAAGAGUUUGCAGGCGGAUGGGUUGGGUACGAAGGGCGUCAAGAUCUUGAAGGGAAAGAAGACCGGCGUUGCGGUCAUUAUCGUCGAGACGGGGACGGGGGAGAAUCGUAUCAUGUUCUGUCCGGGGGCGAACUAUGAUGUUCAGGUGGAGGACUUGGUCGACGAUGAUGCUGCAGUGGUUUUGUUCCAGUUAGAACUGCCGUUGCAAGUCGUCCUACACAACAUGAAGGUGGCACGUGAGAAGGGUGCGGAAACCAUCAUCAACCCUGCACCGGCUAUUCCUCUUCCAGACGAGGCAUACAGUGGACUUAGCCAUCUAAUCGUAAACGAGACGGAGGCUUCUAUACUAUCUGGCAUUGACAAUCCUACGUCAUGGGACGAAGUCGCGUCAGUCUUUGUCCAAAAAGGAGUGAAAAAUGUGAUCAUCACUCUUGGGGGAGAGGGUGUCUACUAUAGAACCGCCAAGCAACAUGCCCAGUCACAGCUUGGCAAGAUUGUACCAGCCAGAAAAGUACAAGUCGUUGAUACAACGGCAGCUGGCGACACCUUCGUAGGGGCAUACUCAGUUGCUGUCGCGAGAUGGAAGUCUUCCUCUGAGGCAACCGAAUUCGACCUCGACUCCGCCAUAAGGCAUGCUAAUCUGGCUGCUUCAUUGACGGUGCAGAAAGCUGGUGCGCAGUCUUCUAUUCCUUGGGUUGACCAGGUACCGUCCUCAUAGUCAACUUGCAAUCAGAAGAACGAAGAGAUGGGUUGGAAAUUAACUAAGAACACUAUAACAAUAGAACAUAUCUAUCUCCACCUCAAAACACCUGGUAGAUAGGGAUGCAGCGAUGUACCUAUUGACAUCGGUCGUUGCGGUCACAAGCAGACUAGCGUUACCGGUACCCCAGAUCAACCCACGGAAAUCGAUUUCCUCGGUCCUCCCCAAACAUCCCCGCAAACAUACCAUCCAUCCCCGUUGUCGUCGUUCAAAAAAGCUUGAGUAUAUAAGCCGG